UGGGGAUAUAAAUGUCUACCAGCGAAAUGCAUUUGCUGGGUGUGUGUAUUAUCGCCUUUCUAGUUAACAUUGUGGAAACGGCCAUUUCAUCAUCUGUCUGUCCAGUGAGUCCUUUCAGUGGACGCCCACCAUGUAAUGAGACAUGCUCGAGACUGUCCAGUUUCGCUGGUAGAAGACAAUUCCUCUGUAAAAUUGGAUACAAAAUAGAAUGGCAAGAUUUUAGUGACAGAUAUGGAUUAGAUGUGGUAUCAAUUUUUAAAAAUUCAGCUGAACAACUGCUUACAGCACCACUAUUGGUAGGAAUCGCGUUAUAUCCUUUGCCAUACAGGCAAAACCAGGGAUUCAGCCCAACACUGAACAUAUCUUUCAGGAUUCCAUUUAUUGGAAGAUCCAACUCACCAGAAACUAAAGCGGUACUUUUAAAAUUUGGAAGUCCUGUAUCCAAAAAUCAAACGUUCAACAGAUUUACCGACACAGCUUACAGUUUCCAGAGAAAAAGCGACAAUAGUUUUGAUAGGGACGGCAGGAUAUAUCGAUUAUUUGAUUUCUCAUCAUAUACUCCAAACUCACUCGAUUAUCAGCAUCAUGUUGUUAACAACUACCCAUGUUUGUAUGGUUUAGAUGACUGCGGUUACAAAAAAAAGAUAUAUACUAUAACUCUUACUUCCAUUGCAAUGAAUACAUCUUCAUAUCAGAAAUACUUCAAAUGUGGUCCAUCCAAUUGCUGGAUGAGUAGUUUGACAUAUACAGUCAGUGUAGUGCCAGAAUUAGAAAUAAACGUUUAG